AGGAAAUAAGCGAAAUAUUAUCACAAAAUGGUGCUCGAUAUUAAAAUGUGCCGCUUUGACAAUGUCCCCUGGGGAUUUCGACUUGUGGGUGGCUCUGACUAUGAGUAUCCCCUAACUGUGGUUAAGGUCACUGAGAACAGCAUUGCGGAUGAGGCUGGGCUACGGGUUGAGGAUGUUGUUGUACGUAUCAAUGAUACGGCUGCCACACCGCUAACCCACGAUGAGGCCCAUCGCCUGAUUAUGAAUAGCGGGAGUGUCUUUUACUUUGGUGUCUACCGGGAGAACGAGGAGAAUGAACAGGAUGCCAAAGAAUGCCUUAAGAAAUUUCCCGUUAGCGAGAGUUCGUUGACCAAAUCACCGACACCGCCAACGGAAGCCAUAAAUGCCCCGACUACGGAACCGGAGCCAAAGCCAGUCCCAGUGCCAGGUCCAGUUGGGCCAGCGUUGGACGAAUGUCUCCGAGUCAUGUCGGAAGUGCAUUCGGAAGACAACGGCAAGGAUGUGGACGAGGAUGUGGAUGUGGAUGUGGAAGUGGAAGCACCAACAUUAACUGGACCUGGAGCUGUAGUUGGAGCUGAAACUGGUGCAUUGUAUUUGCCCGAUUUACCCGAUCGGCCGUGUUCGGCGCUGUCAGAGCAUGCGGAAAUUAAGCUGGUGGAAGAGGAAAUUGCUGCCGUGCUGUCCGGUGAAACGGAGGUGCUCAAGGAGCACAAUGUCCUCGGCGUUAAUUUCUAUAGAAUUUUCCCCAAGCCGGGCGUAUGCAUGUCCAGCGAUGUGUUGCGCUCCCUUAACGAGGAGGUAACGAAAACCAAACUGGAGAAGGACAAAGAAAAUCGCAAGUGGUCCACAUUUUUGCAACGACCCAAUCGUCCAGUCCCAAAGAGCAAACAACAAUUGGAGGCCGAAAGGAGGGCGGCAAAUGCCUACAAAGUCACGAUAGUCAAGUCUGUUCCACGUGACAAGUCGCCAAUGCCGGAAGUCAAACCGACACCCACACCAAAGGAAGCAACACCUUCGCCACCCAAAGAGUCAACGCCACCAGGCCAGCCAGUUGAAAAUGUGGACGAAGAGGUCGUCGAGGAGCCAUUGCCGACGGACAGUGAGGUGCCAAAUUUGGAACAAUUGCCAGAAAAUGGCCAAAAUGGCGAGAACAACGACGAAGAGCAGUUAGAAAAGGCAGAUGUGCAAAAGGACGUGCUGGAGGAUACAACAGAGCCAGAGCCAGCCAUUGCUACGGAGACGCCUACGGAGCUGCCAGUGGAGGGAGAUGUGGCAGUAUCUGUAGAAGCUGAAGCCAUAGAGGAUAUAGAAUCCACACCACCAUCACCAUCAACCAUUACCCCACCCAAAACUGAUGAAGAACUUGCUCUCGAAAAGCAACUCGCCGAUGUGCAAAAACAGCUGGCGGCACUCUCCUCCCUACCAUCGACCAUACAAUCCACGCUGGAUGCGGUGACCAAACAACUUGCCGAUUUACUGCCCACAUUCAAGCUACAGCAGCAGAAAGAGCAGCCGUCGCCACAAAUCGAUGAGGAGGGUCAGGGGGAGAACUCUGCCCCUGGAAUGCUCUCAGAAAAUGCAGCCGUAUCUAUAGCUGAGGCUGACAAGCCAGCGGGGCCAUGUGAAAAUAAUGAGGAUAAAUGCGAUGCCAAUGACCUGGAAGUGGCGGAAAUUUCGCGCUCAAAUGGCGACAAUCGCCAAGCAGCAGAGGACAAAGAGUCGGCCCAAUUGGAGCACCAGCAGCAGGAGCUUAGCGAAGAGCAGAGCUUCAAGAAGCAAAAGAAACACGAUGUCAUUGAAGAGCUCGAGGAGCAUUUGGUGCGCAACAAAAACCCAAAACGUUCAAAACGCGCCUUUGGCCCCCUUGUGCCAUCAUCUGAGCGUCCAUUGGUGUUGCCUGGCGGCAGGCGUUGGUAUCGUCCCAAGGAUGCCUACAAUGAUGAAUUCAUAGCCGAGACACUGAGCGCUCAGGCGGAGCUUAUAACGGGCACCACAUUGGGGGUCAAUUUCAUGAAGUACCAGAAGCCGGAGCGUAAAAUCGAUCUGAAUCGCAGCGAGGUGUACAAAUACCUCAAUCCUCAUUUGGAUCGUGCACCCGUGCGUGGCAUUGAAGUGCGUGCACCUAUGGUAGCAGCCGAAUCUGAUAUACGCCAGUCACUGCAAUCGUAGAAAUGAUUGAUAUACAUACAUACAUAUACCACACACAUAUACACAAAUGUAUUUGAAUUCAAUAUAUUUAAAUUCAACUCAUAUCCCUCGAUUACCAUGUAAGCAGCUCAACAAAAUAUAACAAAAACUA